AUGUCGGCCUUGGAGACGGCCGAACAGCUGAGCGGCGAAGAGCAAGAUAAACCAUCGCCACUACCCCCGACAGCAACAUUUCUCACUGGGGUGGCACUGGCUGAAGAUGCUACGCCGGUGGGCGGUUCGGUGAGCGGGGGGGGGAGGGCGAGUGAAGCACGAGCGAAACAAAGUGAUGGCCCACGGUACACUGACUCAAGGAGCUUGGUGACUGAGACCAUGUCGGCCAUGGAUUUGCCUCGAAUAUCGUUCCUUCGAAGGGAGAUACAAAAGAAGGCGUCUGGACUUGACCGCGUUGAGUUCAUCAUGACCAUGGCAACGUGUGUCGCAGGAGACAUAUCCAACCCGGUGCGCUGCAUCGAUGAUAUUCAUGUCAGCAUGGUGGCUAACUUCUGCGAAAUCUUCGCACAAGUGGAUGUAAACAACGACGGGACGGUGGACUGGGAAGAGCUGUCGUCCUUCAUGAUAGACAUGGGCAUGAAGGACUGGGCUAAGAGCGGGGCGGGAACGCCAAACUAUGCCUACGCUGGACAGGUUGAUUCUGCAAGGCCUACACAAGCUGCGGACCAGAUUCAGUACUUUCCGAAGAACGACACUGUCGCAAUCAUCGAGGAAAACGCGCGCUUCUUCCGCGUGUACCACGCUCAUUCCAUGCACAUGAAGCGACAAUAUGACGUCCAGGAUGCCAUCAGCGCAGCGCGGUCCGUGUGCUAUUGCACCCCCGGCGGGUACUACGUGCUGGGCACGUCAGCAUCGAGGGUGUGCUUCUACGAGGAAGGCACCGGCAGCGUGUGGAAGGACUUUGAAGCUCCCAGUAUCCCGGUCUGUGCCACUGCUGGGUCCAUCUCUGUGUAG